AUGCUAUAUAGAGAUGGCCGUUUUGCUAAAGAUCCAAGAUUUAGAUUUUUCCUUUUAAAUAGCAUGAUGCGUUGGCAAGCUUUAAGGCUUGGUAAUAUUUUUGUUAAGCAAAACUCAUUCUUCAAUAAGAUGACAGUUUAUCAGCUGAAGCAAUAUCUAAAAAGAAACCCUGGUCAUCUCAAAGAAAUUUUGUUUUAUUCAAGACGUAUUAAAUCCACUAAGGCAUAUUGGCGUUCACGAUGUUCAGAAUUAGAAGACAUGGUUAAGCAAAUAGGUGCCCCUACAGUUUUUUUUACUUUGUCCAGUGCAGACUAUCAUUGGAAAGAGUUAUAUCGUUUGCUUGGUUGUGAGGAAUCAGCUAACUUAACAUACAGUGAGAAGAGCAGAUUGUUGUCUGAAAACCCUUUAAUUCUCACUACUUUCUUUAAACAUCGUGUGCAAUAUUUUUUGAAGAAGACCUUUUAUGAUUAUUUUGAUGUACAAGAUUUCUGGUUUCGCACUGAAUUUCAAAGUCGUGGAAGCUGCCAUGUUCAUGGUGUCGCUUGGCUAAAGAAUGCACCAGAUAUAACAAGACUUAAUAGUGAAAAAGAUAAGGCAGAGGCAUUGAAAUAUUUUACUAAUUUAGUUACUUGUCAGAAUCCAGAUUUAUCUUUCAGGCCUAAUUUAAUUCAUCCUUGUUCUAAGAACAUCACAGAUAUUGUUAAUUUGGAAGAUGAUUUAGCAGAAUUGGUGAACCGAGUUCAACGCCAUUCAUGUUCAACUAGUUAUUGUCUAAAGAAAAGAAAUCGUAUUGUCCGAGAUUGUAGGUUUGGCUUUCCUAAGGAUUUGCAAGAGUCAUCUGAACUUUCGGUUUCUGAUGGUGGCCAUGAAAUAGUCUUUCAGAGGAAUGAUCAAUUUGUUAAUAAUUUCAAUCCUUGGAUUUUACAAACAUGGAGAAGUAAUAUUGAUUUUAGUCCUAUUGUGUCAGAAAGAAUCUUGUACAAAUACAUAGCUAAAUAUGCCAAUUUACUUUACAAUGGCCAGUUUGAAGAUGAACACUGUAAAAAGGUUAUCAGAAAGUUGUUAGUCAAAACAUGUGCUGAACAUGAUUACUCUGCACAAGAGGCGUUUACUACCCGAGCAAAUUCAAACGACUAUGAAGAAGUUGUCAACUCUGGAUGA